AUGGUCCUUCAACGUCGUGAGUUAGUGAUAGCGGGCAUUGGUAGCUUCAUUGCCUGGGGCUUGGUCGUACGCUGGCUACCGAUCCUUCGAUAUCUCGGAUACGCGCUGGUGCUGGGGGCCGUCCUGGCCGCCAGUGGAUUCCUCGGUCUAGUUGUUUUGACGAGCCGGAACAGAGAUGAGAUUGUUAGAAGUCCCAACAGGGCGCCCAUCGCCUUUCUCAAAACCGAUCUCUGGCGAAAAGAAGGCUUAAAUGCUCGCAAGCUCGCUCGGUAUCGCCCGAAACCUCUGUACCCGCAAUCCUUCGUCGUGUCAGAAGCCAUUGACGAUCUCUUGACGCUUGUGAAUCGACAAUUCGUGACCUCGUGGUAUCACAAUAUCACACCGAAUCCUACAUUUGCCAAUGACGUUGAUCGAUUGACGCGUGUAGCGCUAGGGAACCUGAGAGAUCGGUUGCUCGCAGAGGACUUUAUCUCGCUCAUUGUGUCACGGAUCUUUCCGAUUCUGACCACACAUGUACGGGAAUUCGACAUUGCGGAGCGCUCAGUGCGUGGGAAGAAUCUGAAUCGCAAUGUCACCGAAUCAGAAGAGCUCGAUUUGGCGAUUGCGAAAAAGUUUCGUGAGGGUCGGGUGCAUCCUGCGGUUGGCCUCUCGGCCUCGGAUCCAAAAGCUGUGCAACAGGAAUAUUUGCGCAAGGUUGCUGUAGGAUUACUUCCGCAGCUCUUCCCCAAGAGCGUCCUCAACAGCCGGAUCGUUUCUGUCUUGAUCAGGGAGAUCAUUGCCUGCGCGAUUCUAUUGCCAAUCGUGAACGCCAUCGCUGACCCUGACACGUGGAAUCAGCUGAUGGAGGCCUUUGGGAGGACUGCACUACAAGAUCGGAAAACUGUACGGAGGCUACGGGCAGCACUGGACGAACAUGCUUCGCCUGCGCCGCGAUCCAAACGGACCCAAUCCUUUCCGAAGCUUUCGCCCAAUGACAGCGAACGUGCGUUUGAGAGAUUUGUCCGGGCAAUCAGACGCUGCAAUAACCUCUCUGAUGCGCGCCGAUUUCGAGCUCUGGUAGCGAGCCAGUUGAAGCGGGAGAGUAUGGUAGAGGGCCAAGACCAGGUGUACCUUCGGCGGUUGGAGACUGGAAAACGCGUCCUCGACCAAAAGGUAGCCAAGCUCUCCACCCACGGAGAAACAACAGUCUCAAUGCCCCCGGCAGCGGCCACACACACCCGUCGCAGCAGCGCUCCCACCCCUUCCGACACGUCCCUGGUGGACGUGAUGCACAACGCCUCUGGCCUCUCAUACUUUAUGGAGUUCAUGGACCGCCAAGGCCUCAUGUCUCUUGUGCAGUAUUGGAUCGUGGUGGACGGAUUUCGCAAUCCUUUAGAGGAUGACUUUGGGGAAGAUGCCUCCUCAGAGUCAGCGACAUGGACUGCGGCCGACCGCAAUGACCUGGCGCUACUGAGUGCCACUUAUCUCAACAAAGCCGAGUUGAAAGUCUCCGAGGAAUCUCGCCGGACGGUCAAGAAUUUCCUCAGUGCUGGCAAGCGAGCAACUGCCGAGCAGUACCGCAAAGCGCGAAUGGUAGUAUUGACCACGCAGUCGGCGGUUUUGGAGGAGCUUGAGAGCACAUACUAUCCCAAGUUCAAAAAAUCCGAUCUUUAUUGGAAGUAUCUAGCUUCAGACGAAGCCUCGACUUCUCAGCCCCUGGCAGCCCCCCAGUCUCCAUCCACCGUGACUUUUGACACGCCCGAGAGACGGCCUCUUCCUCAGCUCCUUGUCCGAACCAGCUCGCAGCCCGGAAGCAAGCCGCCGAGGGAUCUCCGCCGGGCUGCAGUAUCCUCGAGCGACGUACGUGGGAUGGGCAAACUAUUUGAUGAUGACGACCUUCGAAGACGAUCAAUUGAUUCUGAACGAUCUGCACCUUUAUUUGAUGACGAUUACGAUAUCGACCAGCUCGCCAUGUCUACUGCCAGUCUGGGUAAAGACUCGCUGAAUGGUGAUACUGACGCUACCCAGAAUAAGGUCCUGGAGACCAUGGGAGCAGCAUUGAACGACAUAAUUACGAACGAACCAAAGAACGGCAGAAUUGACGACUUACGAAACAGCGACUUGAGAAGCAGUGACGGCGGCUCAACAUCAUCGCUCUUCGGCUCCGAAAAUCCUGAGAUGGAUGCGCAGUCUCCAUCUGAGGGUGCCCGUAUGGAUAAGAAUGGAUCCGCGGAAAAGGCCAGAAAAAGCCUCGCAUCGCUGGGAUUGGUUGAUCACAAGUCUCGACGUGGUGUUUUUGAGGAUGACUUGUUCCCCGAUCAGCAGAAAUUCAUUGAGGAUGAGUACGAGGAGCCUCCUGACAAUGACGAGACGGAUCCCGCAGAUGAGAUUCACAAAGCUGCGCCUGGUGAUCUUGGUCUCACAGAGGCCAUUGAAGUCCUGACGGCCGACAUUGACAAGCUCACAGCUCAAGACUCAGUCGUCGAAGCAUUGACCCGCAAAGCCGAGCUGACCAACAACACUGCGGAAUUGCGGAUUUUGCGCAAAUCCAAGGCGAGCAUCCAGCGUGAGAUUCAUCGGAAAGAGAUGCAACGCCAGCAAUACAUUGUCCAAGAAAGCGACAACAGUCUGUAUGGCCGUUCCACGGUCAGCAUUAAAUCAAUUGUGGUUGGAAAGGACGAGGACGACGGCCGGGAGUUUGCAAUGUAUGUCAUCGAGGUAAAACGGAACGCCGGUGAACAAAUGCCUGCAGCGUCAUGGGGAGUUGCUCGUCGAUAUAGUGAAUUUCAUGAGUUGCACCAGAAAUUGCGCAUGAGCUAUCCGUCCGUGCGACAUCUCGAAUUUCCCCGCCGUCGAGUGGUCAUGAAACUGCAAAAGGAAUUCCUUCAAAAGCGACGUAUCGCUCUCGAGUCAUACUUGCAGAAGCUUCUCCUUUUACCAGAGGUGUGCCGCAGCCGCGACUUGCGCGCCUUUCUUUCCCAGCAGGCCAUCAUUCCCCGGGAAGAGUCCACUGCUCGCAGCGGUGAGGGUGAGACCAAAGACCUUGUCACUCGAAUCUACAACUCUGUUGCCGACGGCAUGGACGAUUUUCUGGGCAAUUUUGGCGUUCUCGACCAGCUGUCCACCGCCGGACAGAAUCUCAUUUCAGCGGCAACCGCCCAAGCCAGCGUCACCGGCGCCUUUACCAACCCCAGCGCCAGCGCCACCACGCACGAUCCAGCUCUUGCCACCGAAGACGCAGUGACCUCGGCCGAAGCCGAGGCUGAGCUCAACGCCUUUGAAGAUCGCGAACUAGAGCCGUUUAUCAAACCCAUCUGCGACCUCUUCCUCGAAGUCUUUGAGCUCAACCGUGGCAACAAUUGGCUGCGCGGACGGGCCGUUGUUGUGGUUCUCCAUCAAUUGCUUGGGGGGACGAUCGAGCGUAAAGUUCGCGAGAGCGCUCGAUCGCUGUUUCAGGAUGACUCGCUUCUACGCUACAUCGAUCUCGCCCGGGACAAUCUCUUCCCGAACGGUGUCAUGCGUCAAUUUGUGGCUCGGUCGAUGCAGGAUCGAAUGAAGAGUCGGACUGAGGCGACGGUUGUACUGGCAACAUUGAUUCCGGAUCUCGCAGGAAAUGUAGUCGGGAGGGCAAAUGCCCAAGCUGCUGCGCGACGAACGUUUGCGACCUUGAACAAUCGACCCUUGAAUACGCAUUUGGCGUUUACAAUGUUGGAUGAGAUUGUAUUGGUUUUGUUUGGUGGAGGAUCAAAGAAGGUAGUGAAUUGA